UCCCACUGACAUGUCCUGAAAAGCAGCGAGAGGAAAAGGCACAGGGCAGUACUGCUCUCUCUGUCCUCCAGGGCAGGAGUUGUUCCUUCCUCUUCUCCCCUCACAGCUUCCCUCAACUCUUCCCCACCCCACACACCUUUCAAACCCUUUAUUCCCAAAGAUGUCUCUUGGUUGUCCUUGUCCUCCAAGGCCACUACCCCAUUUAACAGUGUUUCAGAGCUGGGCUGGAGAGACGGCUCAGCAGUUAAGAACACUUGCUGCUCUUGCAGAAGACCCAGGUUCAGUUCCUGGGACCUACAUAGUGGCACCACAACUAUCUGAAAUUCCAGUUCCUGGGAUCCAACGCCCUCUUCUGACCUCUGUGGUCACCAGGAACACGUGUGGUAUGUACACACACAUGCAGGUAAAACGCUCGGGUGGUGGUGAGGAGAUGGUUCCGUGCUGAUGGCUGGCCGCUCAGGCAUGAGCAUCUGAGUUCAGACUUCCAAUAUCCACAUGAAAACCCCAGGUUUGGCCGCAUGCAAGCCCGUAACCCCAAAGAUUUGGUGGUGAAGACAAGAGGCCCUCGGGGACUUGAUGGCCACGAGCCUAGCACCAGGCUCAGUGAGAAGCCCUCCCUGAAAGGAAUAGAAAGAGAGCAGUAGAGGACACCAGACAUCCUCCUCCGGCCUCCCCCUGCACACAGCCAUGUGCACCCACAUGUGUACACACUCCACACAUGAACCACACCGACUGUACAACAGAUGACUAAACAACGCGUCUCAGCUCCCAGGACACUUCUCUCUUCCUCAUCAUCCUCCUGGCUCCCUCACUGCUCCUUCUGAGCGCCCAGGUUGCUCCCCCUUGCCCUCUAAGCUGUGGGCUUCCAUGGGUCUCCAUGAUGCCCCUUCUUCCUGUUGGACUGACUGCGUGUGCUCUGGUAUCCUUGACACAACACUGGUUCUAGCCAGACACCUUCCCAGAGUCCUUUGUGAACAUGCUGAAGUGCCCUAUGCUUCUGUCUAAGAACCCCACUGCAGUGCAGCAUCUGAUCCCCUGCAGCAUCGACCCCUUGUCUGUCUUUCUUCUCUCUUUCAGCCUCUGUGCACACCAUCCUCCUGUUGACAAUCUCCACUACGCUUCCUCACAUCACUCACCAUCCUGGGAAAUUCUUCUUUGUCUGCAGAACCCUGGAACUUGCCUGGGGCUCUAAAAGGAUUGAGUUUCUUGUUGACCUGCCCCACCAGACAGUGAGCUUGGAACUUGUUCAUUAAUGCAUUCAUUAAUGCAUUCAUUCAUUCAUUCAUUCAUUCAUUCAUCACAAAUUGUUAAGUAACCAUGCUGUGGAAAUCAAAAUGAUGCUGAGCAAGCUGAGUGAGAACCUUGGGAGUUCAGAGUCUGGUGGGAAGAGGAAGAGGACGCUUCUGUGACGAGGCUCUGAUGGGUUGGCGGGUCAUGGAGGCUUUUCUCCUUCAUGGCUUUGUCUCCAGCCUUUUGCCAGCAUCCUUUUCCUCUUCUUUCUCCUCUUCUUCCUAGUCUCCCUCCUCCUCUUCUUCUUCUGGCAUGAAACUGUAUCACCCAGGGUGGCCUCAAACUCCUGCCUUAGCCUCUUAAGUGCUGGGAUUACAGGUGUGAGUCACCAUACCCACCACUCAGGGCAUUCUUCUGGUGAAAAGGAAUCCUAUUGUGUUUUAAACUUUUCACGGAGAUGACUACACACUCAGCCUUAGUUUCACAGGCAGGAAGGAGAAACCCAUGUGCUGGUCCCCCAGUUCCCCCAACAGUAACAUCUGCCUACCUAGAUCCCAGUACAAGGCCUGGAGACAGACUUGCUAAGCUUACUUACAGCUCCUUCAAGGGCAUCCAUCUGAAUGUGUGUACACGUGUAUGUGGGUUUCUCCCACAUUUUCCCUUGUGUAGAAUCCAGCAUGAAUUGUCACAGUGGGGCUGCCCCCCUGUGCCUAUGAUCUUGUAUCAUCAGAGAUUCUUUCUCUCAGCAUGAGUGUGUCUCCACACUCAUCUCGUUGCUGGGCCUUCAGAUCAACUAGUAAAUGAAGCCCCCGGUUAGUGGAAAUAGUUCAGAGAAAGCCAGGCAUGCAGAUUUCCACAGGUGUGUAGAUGGGCCCAGGACAAGCACCAUCCCAGAGAGACAGGCUUCUCCAGGAAGAAAGUCACUGGGAAGCAAGGUGGGGUGAGGAGAGAGAUGAGGUGGGGUGAGGAGAAAGAUGAGGUAGGGUGAGGAGAGAGAUGAGGUGGGGUGAGGAGAGAGACUGUAGGCUGUGAGUCACCGCGUGGUCUAGGCAUGGGACUGCCAAGGCCCAGGGAAAAAUUAUAAUCAUUAGGUACUUUAAGAGGCUGGGGGGAGGGACCAAGAGGGGCAGAUUGCAAUGAGACCCCCCAGCUCCAAGGCCCACUACAGUCUCACCUCAACUCACCUUCCAUCUCUCCUGCCUUCUCUGGGUCUGUGCCCCUCUCUCUCUGAGUUACACACACACACACACACACACACACACACACACACACACACACACUGAGCCCCUGUCUCUGGGUCUGUUUCCUUCCCUUUCUGGGUCUCUGUUUCUUUUCUAUCUAUCUAUCUAUCUAUCUAUCUAUCUAUCUAUCUAUCUAUCUAUCUAUCCAUCCAUCUAUCUAUUCAUCCACCCAUCCAUCUACCCAUCCAUCCAUCUUCCUCUCUGCCCUUCCCAGUAUCAUCUUUGGAACCCCCACCCAGGUUUUACCCAUCCACUGCACCCUCUUUGGCUGGGCUGGCCACCUCUCCCACCCUCCUUGCCCAGGAUCAGUCCUCCCCCCAUUCUUUCCAGAUUAUAGCAUCUUUCACUGGGCGGGCUCCCAUUAAUAACUGUGUCUGCUUCUCUGGCCAGAGAUGGGAGGGAAGGGAGCAAAGAAUCUUGGAAUGGAAACUAGGUAAUAAAAAAAAAAAAAGUCAGAAGGGCGGUGGGGGGCAGGGCCAGCUGCCCAGACCAGGGAUAAAAGGCUUUGCUGGCGUGUCCAGGAAGAGACACCACCCUGCUUCUUUUACACUUGCAAGGAGCCAGAGUGACUGGAGCCGGGUAGGCAUCUUUUCUUCACAGCUGGAGGAGCCUGUGACCCCCAUCCUUUCCAACUCUGGCCUCUACCACUCAGCUCUGUCCCCAUGUCACGGAGGUUCUGGGCCUCAGUGUGAGCGGUACUCACUGCCCCAAGUCUGUUUCUGGUUUUCUCUUCCACUUGCUCUCUGCGUUUGUUAGACCUGGACCUUCAGCUCCAGAAUGUUCCUUCUACUGACCUUACUCCAAGCCUUGGCUCUAGCCAUGGUCCAGAGUCAAGGAGAUCAUAAAAUUGUUGGUGGCUACACAUGUAUCCAGAACUCCCAGCCGUGGCAAGUGGCCCUGCAAGCGGGUCCUGGGCGUAGAUUCCUGUGUGGAGGGGUUCUACUGUCGGACGAGUGGGUCAUCACUGCUGCCCAUUGUGCCCGCCCGAUUCUUCACGUGGCCCUGGGCAAGCACAACCUACGGAGGUGGGAAGCGACUCAGCAGGUAGUGCGUGUGGUUCGUCAGGUACCCCAUCCCCAGUACCAACCCCGGGCCCAUAACAAUGACCUGAUGCUGCUGCAGCUGCAGAAGAAGGUGCGGAUGGGGCGAGCAGUGAGGGCCAUUGCUGUGGCCACGUCCUGUGCCAGCCCAGGGACUCCCUGCCGGGUGUCAGGCUGGGGGACCACAGCCAGCCCCGUUGCCAGGUACCCCAAUGCUCUACAGUGUGUGAAUGUCAACAUUAUGUCAGAGGAGGUGUGCCGUCGGGCCUACCCGGGAACCAUCACAUCCGGCAUGGUCUGUGCCGGGGUUCCCCAAGGCGGAAAGGACUCCUGUCAGGGUGAUUCUGGGGGACCCCUGGUGUGUGGAGGACAGCUCCAGGGCCUUGUGUCCUGGGGAAUGGAGCGUUGUGCCAUGCCUGGCUUCCCGGGGGUCUACGCAAACCUGUGCAAUUACCAAAACUGGAUCCAGAGAACAAUGCAGGGCAACUGAUUAUCCAUCACCAUCCUGUCAUUACCAGCUGUCCCUGUGCUUUCACUGCCUCCUCCAUCAGACACUGAAGUCCUCCUCAGCCUUCCUCCCACACACUUAAGACUCUAGUCUCCAGCCUCCUCUCUCAGACCCAGGACCCCAGGCCCAGCCUCCUUCCUCAGACCCAGGGAUCCAGGCCCAGCCUCCUCCCUCAGACCCAGGGAUCCAGGCCCAGCCUCCUCCCUCAGACCCAGGAGUCCAGGCCCAGUCUCCUUCCCUCAGACCCAGAAGUCCAGGCCCAGCCUCCUUCCUCAGACCCAGGACCCCAGGCCCAGCCUCCUCCCUCAGACCCAGGACCCCAGGCCCAGCCUCCUCCUCAGACUCAGGACUCCAGGCCUAGCUUCUUUCCUCAGAGUCAGGGAUCCAGACCCAGCCUCCUCCCUCAGACCCAGUACCCUAGGCCCAGCCUCCUCCUCAGAAUCAGGAGUCCAGGCCCAGCCCUCCUCCCUCAGACUCAGGACCCCAGGACCAGUCCUCCUCCCUCAGACCCAGAAGUUCAGGCCCAGCCUCCUCCCUCAGACCCAGGACCCCAGGUCUAGCCUCUUUCCUCAGAGCCAGGGAUCCAGGCCCAGCCUCCUCCCUCAGACCCAGUAUCCUUGCCCUUACUCCAGGCUCCCCCUUCCUUCCCAGGGUCUUGGCUCUGGAGUCUCUCAUAGCUGGUGGUCACAGUUUGAGACUCACUGGGUCCAGAAGCUGGAGUACAAAUGCUCUGGACCAGCAACCUCAUCCAAAGAAGGAUGCU